AUGGAAGCUAGGGUUGGAGUAUCUAGUCAUGGAGGAGUGGUGGAUGGUGGUGGUGGUGCUGCCACAAGAAAGCUUCUCCACCGCCACCAUUCACGGCCGCAGCAGAAGGAUCCGCCGCCUAUAUCCCAGAUUGGUACUAUGCCUCAGCUCCUCGCCGGUGGUGUCGCCGGAGCUUUCAGCAAGACAUGUACCGCGCCUCUUUCUCGUAUCACCAUUCUCUUUCAGGUACAAGGCAUGCACUCAGAUGUUGCAGUAUUGAGUAAGCCUAGUAUGUGGCGAGAGGCAUUACGUAUUAUCAAUGAAGAAGGUUUUAGGGCUUUCUGGAAAGGAAAUUUGGUUACGAUUGCUCAUCGACUUCCUUAUUCUUCAGUCAACUUCUAUGCAUAUGAACGCUACAUAAGUAUUUUAAAAUCUAUCCCUGGACUGGAUGGUCAUGGGGGAAACGUAAGUGCGGAUAUUCUUGUGCACUUUAUGGGUGGUGGUUUGUCAGGAAUAACGGCUGCUUCUGCUACCUAUCCACUAGAUCUUGUGAGGACACGGCUUGCUGCACAGAGAAAUGCAAUAUACUACCAGGGCAUUUGGCAUGCAGUUCGAACCAUUUGCAGAGAUGAAGGUUUUUUUGGUCUGUACAAAGGACUUGGAGCAACAUUAUUGGGUGUUGGACCCAGUAUAGCCAUAAGCUUUUCUGUUUAUGAGACCUUAAGAUCUUAUUGGCAUUCUCAAAGGCCCAAUGAUUCUACUGUUGUGGUCAGCCUUGCUUGCGGCAGUCUUUCUGGGAUUGCUUCUUCAACAGCAACUUUCCCUUUGGAUCUUGUGAGACGAAGAAUGCAAUUGGAAGGGGUUGCUGGUCGAGCCCGUGUGUAUAAUACUGGAUUGCUUGGAACAUUUCGAUACAUUAUCCGUGCGGAAGGCCUACGUGGUUUAUAUAGAGGGAUCAUGCCAGAAUAUUAUAAAGUUGUUCCAGGCGUGGGGAUCGUUUUCAUGACAUAUGAAACACUGAAGAAACUCCUAUCGCAUGGGCUGAUCAAUUCCUAG